CGCAGAGGCUCAUCACUUAUAGCGCUCACCGUCUCUUCGCCUCCGUUUUCCGCAAACGCCUUCCUCCACCUCCUUCAGAAACAGUACAAGAAGCAAGGGACAAUCGCAAGGAAACAUCUACCUUUAUAUUUGGCUGGCUGUCAAGAUCCGCCAUCUGUUAUUGAUAACAUUGUGUUGAAGAGCGUUAUUCAUCAGUGGUUGCUGUUAUUACUGAUAUGAGCAUGGAUGCUUGAAGCAUGUGGAAAGGAGGUAUACUCAGAUCUUGUUUAAAGAGAACGAUAGCUAGGAGUGUGGAGGAACUUUGCAUAGCACCUGUACCCUUCCUCUCUAGGCAAUGGUUUGGAAUCUUGUUCUAGACAUAAUGGGUAUCCUUCAAGCAAACUCUCACAACUUGUUCAACGACAACUUGAACUGGAUCCGAAUAUGCUUCCUUCAAUGUUGCAAAUGAGUCAUCUGGCAAGCAACAAAGAGUACGAGGCGAAAGUAGUGAUCAGAUUAACCUAUCUGCUGAAGUUGGUUUACCUGAGCUUGAGAAAAUGUUAACGCAUCAGACUUUUACCAGAUCAGAGAUUGAUCAUUUGGUAGAGCUUAUGCAUUCUAGAUCCGUAGAUACAGCUGCCAGGGAAGAAGGAAAGAGGACAGAAGUGGUUCCAUUAGAAUCAGUGUUGCCUCGUAACCAAAAGGAAGAGUAUCCCCAAACCCCAGCAUUAGAAAAUGGGAUCGAAAACCAUGUUGUUUCCACCCCACAUUCCACUUUCAGUAUUUCUGUUGAAGGUGUUGCUUCACCUGCGCAACUAGGAAAGGCUUACAUGGAGAGCAGGCCUUCCCAGGUAUCCCCAUUAAUGGUAGGCUCGCGAAGUCCUACCGGGGAGGAUUCAAUUCUACUGAAAGGCCAUCACUUUGUUCAAAAAUCCCCUGUUAUGUCAAUUGUGCCAAGGGCUACUAACCAUGCUAGGGUUUCUGAAAAUGGUUUUUUGACCCCAAGAUCUCGUGGCAGAUCGGCAAUAUAUAAUAUGGCUGCAACACCUUAUCCUAGAGUUUAUCCAGCCUCCAGACUCAAGGGUGCUGGGAUUCAUGUUGAAGAUGGGCCAUCAUCUUCAACUCAGCAUGCACUCGAUCAUGGUGUACUUUCUGGAACUAAACAAGGGGGAUUAAAACGUAGAAGUUCUGUAUUAGGCAAUGAUAUAGGAUCUUUAGGUCCUAUACGCCGAAUCCGUCACAAGGCUAAUCUUCUAUCCUCUAAAGGAUUGACCCUGACUCACUCAGACAGCCCUCUGCCUAUAACUAGUAGCGGGGUUGGUAUUAUUAAUGCUGCUCAGCAAUCUUCAUUGUCCAUGCAGAAGCCUAUUCUGUCCGGUGAAGUUAAGCAUAGCCAUAGCAAAUCCUCAGCAGAAAAUGAAGAUGACACCAUGCCUAGUAGCAGCUUUCCUCCUUUACCAUCAAAAUCUAGUGAGAUGGCCUCAAAAAUACUGCAGCAACUUGAUAAGAUGGUUUCUCCCAAAGAAAAAUCGUCGAUACUAAGGAUGCCAAAUGUGAAUGAUAAAUCUCCAACGAAGUUGUCAUCUUCCAUGUUACGAGGACAAGCUCUCCGAAGCAUGGAGACAGUAGAUUCAUCAAAAUUGUUGGAUAGUGUCCAGGAUAAUGAAUUAGAUGAUACUCUUAGAAGUUUGUCUGCUAGUGCUCAAAAGUUGACAUCAAAGAGGAGCAAGAUGGAAAAUGGUCUGAAGCCUGUUUCUCUGAAUAAUGGAUUAAUUCCAGCAGUAACUGGUUCAGACUCUACUGUCCCAAGGAACCAAGUCAUGUCUAUUGGAAAAUCUGAAGUUUCUUCUGACCCUCCCUCAAAAAAGAGGGCUUUCUGUAUGAGUGCACAUGAGGAUUUUCUGGAGUUGGAUGAUGAUGAUGAUGAUGCAUGUCCUAAUGGAGCUGCCUCUCCUUUCUCUACAUCUAGGAAAGACACAAAAGGCUCUACUGCUGUGGCUGAGAAAACAGCCUCUGCCAUUGAAAAACCUGUACAGGAGACGCCACCAGGUUCAUCUGUAGUGAUGUCAUCCAAAAGUUUUACAGCAGAUGGUAAACUUAGGACACAUGAUAGUUUGAUAGUUGAUGAGAAGGUUGACGCACCAACAUCAAUAACUUCGUCUAUUGCCGCUGGUCCUACUGUUAAUUCAAAUAUGGGUGCAGUUAAAACAUCGAAGCACACUAAUUUAAGUUCUGACAAGCCUACUUCACCAAAUGGAUCAGUUGCUGAUCCUCCCCUGUUUAACUUUGGGAAUAAUUUUGUUCCUUCGACAGAGCUGACAGGUGCUGAUGAUCAACCAAAAGAGUCCACUAAAACAGGUCCAGUAUUUGGUUUGGAUAACGCUGCACCAUCAAAGGAAACAAGUGCUACUGAUGCUCCAUCAGUUAAUUUUGGGUUCAACAAAAAUAAUGACAGUGUUCCACUAGUGCCGUUUACUUCCUCUUCAUCAGUUGGUGGUGACUCUACUUUUUUCAAAUUUGGUGGAGCUCCUGACUCAAAGCUAUGCUCGACCAGUUCUGCUGCUGGUAAUGUUGAUUCAGUGCCAAAAGUUCAUGAAUCAGAUAAUGCUGAUGCCAAGACUAAUAGAGUUUCUGGAUUCCCUGCUCCAUCAUCAGAACCAUCUUCAGCAUCUACAUCAUUGUUAACAUCACCCACAAAUAUAUUUACUUUUGGUAACAGUUCUAGUUCAAGUAAUGGAUCUGCUGCUCCAAGCCCUGUAUUUUCCUCCCCAUUUCUUCCUGUGGUUACAAAUAAUUCUACUAGUCAGAAUAUGUUCAGUAGUUCAUCCCUUGCAACAAGCAGCAGCAUCAGUGCCGCUGUAACUUCCAUACCCAGCAUGACAACCAGCACCUCUGCCCCAGUGAUGGUGUCUUCAUCUUCCACAACUUCCCUUUUCACAUUUGGAUCCACUCCUUCGCCAUCAACAAGUUUACCUCUAUCAUCUUCCACAGAACCAGUGGAAACCAAGGGAGAACAGAAUACUGGAAUUGGUAAUCUUGGAACCACUUCCUUCGGAAGCUCUUCUGCUGCUGUUGGAAGUACCGGGAAUAGCAUUUUUGGCUUUAGUUCGUCGGCAACAUCUGCAAAUAGCCAGUCCCAGACUCAGGGUUCUAUCUUUGGCACUAUAAGUGGGUCUUCCGUUGGUACUCUGGCACCAAGUGCUACUAGUGGUUUUGCAACUUCGACUCAGAGUCAGUCUGUGGCAUUUGGGUCAUCUACAUCAUCCCCAUUAGUUGAGUUGACCGGGAAUACAGCUUUUUCUUCAGGGACUCCGUCGCUCCCUUGUUCAAGUCCUGCAACAAAUAUUUUUAACUCUGGUACAAUUUCUGGACAAAGCACCGCUGCCUCCUCUUUGGAAGCCAACCCUGUUAACUCCAAUAGUGGCACAAAUUCUACUUCAUUUGGACUUCCGAGUUGGCAGCCCAGCAAGUCAUCUCUGUUUGGUACUCCCUUUAGUUCAUCAUCAUCAUCAUCAUCUACUUCUGGGGUUUCCUUUGGAACAUCCACUCCGUCUACUUCCACCAGUUCUCCCAUGGUGUUUGGAUCAUCUACAGGUGCAUCAGUUCCUCCAUUCUCAUUUAAUUCAGCUGCAGCUACUACCAAUACACAGCCUGCUUUUGGAAACCCUAGUCCUGUCUUUGCAUUUGGGACAGCUUCUGUUAAUAAUGAUCAAACGAGCAUGGAGGACAGUAUGGCCGAGGAUACAGUUCAAGCAACUCCAUCCGUCACUCCUGUAUUUGGUCAACAACCUCCCCCGGUUCAAUCAAAUUUUGUAUUCGGUGCACCAACUCCACCAGCAGCGAAUCCUUUCCAGUUUGGGGGUCAACAGAAUAUUGCUCCACAGAAUCCAUCUCCAUUUCUGGCUUCCGGCAGUCUAGAAUUUAACGCUGGAGGGAGUUUCUCGCUGGGCACUGGUGGUGUUGAUAAGUCUGGUCGAAAGCAUAUUAAAAUUAAACACAACAGGCAGCGUAAGAAGUAAGAGAAAGACUGUUACUUAUGGAAGUGGUUAGUAAUGUCACUGAUGCAGUCUGCUCAUGAUUGCAACAAAUAAAUAAGCUCUAAAGGCAAGUGAUCCCUUAAUUUGGCUGUUGAGGUUGCACUCUGGACAAGUGAGAUGCUAUUGAAAUGAAAUCAACACACGCAUGCUGGUUAGUAUCAUCUGUCUUGCUUCUUAUUUAAUGCAAGGCAUAAGUUUGCACAAUUUUGUAAUAAUAUGAUAUGAUAGAACAUUAUUUGCUGUAUUUGUUGUACUGGUUAGACUUAUAGGUCUUGGUUCUAGAUCAACAUUUGGUCGGUUGUGUCGUUGUGAUCACAAAAUCCCUGUAUUAUCGUUUAUUUUUAUCGUAGGCCGAAACAGGCAUGAAUUUAAUCUACACUAAUAAAUUUCUAGCUUAUAAAAAAAGUAGUACCUUUUAUCA